AUGGACGUGUGGGGCCCAGCCCGCGUCCAGGGACAGGGCCGCGAGCGAUACUUUCUUGUGGUUGUUGACGACUACUUGCGUUACACCACGGUCUUCCCCUUGCGCACCAAGGGUGAGGUCCCUGCUGUUUUGAUCCCUUGGAUCCGAGCUGUCCGUCUCCAGCUGCGCGAGCGGUUCCGCACGGACCUUCCUGUCUUGCGUCUGCACUCUGACAGGGGUGGUGAGUUCUCCUCUGGCCUCUUGGGGUCCUUUUGUGAGGCGGAGGGCAUUCACCAGUCGUUCACGCUUCCGGCCUCCCCGCAGCAAAAUGGGAUUGCUGAGCGCUGCAUUGGCUUAGUCAUGGAGAGACCUCGCCUACACAUAGUUGGACGGGAUGCGUCCGCAUUCCGGGUCUGGGAUUCCUUUGCCUUUGUCCGCGAUUCCAUCGCGCGCAAGCUCUCCUCUCGCGCCAUACCCUACGUCUUCCUUGGCUUUCCCCCUGACGCGCCUGGCUGGCAGUUUUACCACCCAACCUCGCACCGUGUCUUCACGUCUCAGGACGUCACCUUUGACGAGUCGGUUCCUUUCUACCGUCUCUUCCCCUACCGCACUGCCCCUCUCCCCCCCGCCGCCACUCUUCCUCGCUCCAGGUCCCCCUCCGGUAGACCCCCUCCCCCCUCAGGGUCCUGCUCCUUCAGGCCUUGGGGUGCUGAGCCUGAGGGUGCUGCUUCUGGGGGUGCUGUGCCUGGUGGAGCUGGGUCUACUGGUGGUCUUCCGGGUGCCUCACUUCAGCGGUCUCCCCAGCGGGAGCCCCUCUCACCCCAGAAGCUGCGUAAGUGGCUAGCUCACCGCACUCACCUCCGACGCAGCGCUACUGGAGCUGGGGGCACUGGCGCUGGAGGCGCUGGAGGUGCUGGAGCUGCGAACGCUGGAGCUGGAGGCACUAGUGCUCGGUACACUAGAGCUGGAGGCACUGGAGCUGGAGGCACUGGAGCUGGAGGCACUGGCGCUGGAGGCGCUAGGGCUGGAGGAACUGACGCUGGAGAGCUGGAGGCGCUCGAGCUGGAGGCACUGACGCUGGAGGCGCUAGAGCUGGAGACACUGGAGCUGGAGGCGCUGGAGCUGGAGACACUGGCACUGGAGGCACUAGCGCUGGUAACGCUAGAGCUGGUGGCGCUGGAGCUGGAGGCGCUGGAGCUGGAGGCACUGGAGCUGGAGGCACUAGAGCUUGAGGCACUGAGCAGCAGCGACUGUUUUUCUUGCCGCCGCCGCAGCUACUCACCGCUGCCUGCCCCCCUUCCUUACACAGAGCAGCCAGAGUCCCGGACAGAGCCUUGUGAGCCUGCGUCUCGUCUUGCCUCCCGUGUUCGCACUGUUCACCGUGCUCGUCUAGUCACGCGUCCGCGUCCUCCUCCUGUGCCAGGUACUCACACUAUGGCACUUCGUCCUUCCUCUGUCCCACAGCGUGUCCCCCUGCCGUCUCCUCCUGCGUCUUCUCUUCCUGUCGUUCUGGACCCUGAGUCUGACACUAUUCGUGCUGCUCACCCUACUGUCACGCGUCUCCUGGCCACUGUUGUCACUGACCCGUCCUUUGAGUCUACUGCUGGGUCUGCCUUAGUUGUUGAGUUUGUGGACUUUGCUGCUGCGUGUCGUCUAGACUAUGCUGCCAGUCUUGUUGCUGAGUCUAAGUCUGUCUGUCCUCCGUCCGUCGGGGGUGAGUGUGCUCUUGGCACGGACGUCAUUGAGGACAGGCAGGAAGACUUUGAGUGUCUUGCGGCUGUUGUACCUCAUCUCACGGCCUGGCUACUUGCAGACCCGGAUGCACUGGACAUCCCGACCCCGCGCUCUUACGCUGAGGCGAUCGCGGGUCCCUACUCCUCUCAGUGGCAGACAGCCAUGGACGCAGAGAUGGCAUCCUGGAAGUCCACACGCACCUACGUCGACGCAGUUCCCCCUCCUAGGGCGAACAUAGUCGAUGGCAUGUGGAUUUUCAGGGUGAAGCGGCCGUCGGGUUCUCCGCCUGUCUUCAAGGCUCGUUACGUUGCUCGAGGCUUCAGUCAGCGACAAGGAGUUGACUUCUUCCAGACCUUCUCCCCCACCCCAAAGAUGACCACUCUUCGGGUGCUACUGCACGUUGCCGCUCAGCGUGACUACGAGCUUCACUCUCUUGACUUCAGCACAGCUUUCUUGCAGGGCAGCCUGCACGAGGAGAUCUGCCUGCACCGCCCACCUGGCGGUGUCAAUGAGUCAUUUCCUGCAGGUACUCAGUGGAGCCUCUGGCGGCCAGUCUACGGUCUCCGCCAGGCGCCUCGUGAGUGGCACGACAUACUGAGGACUACGCUUGCGGCUCUCGGGUUUGCUCCGUCCACUGCUGACCCGUCACAGUUUCUGCGCAAUUACACUUCGCUACCGCUGUUCUACAUCCUCGUGUACGUCGACGACCUGGUCUUUGCCACUGCUGACACUGAGGCACUUGCCCUUGUGAAGUCGGAGCUGCAGAAGAGACACACCUGCUAUAGCCUGGUCACACAUGGUGCAGCAGGUCCUUCAGCGCUUCGGCUUCCAGUUCUUCUCACCACAGUCCAUUCCUCUGCCUACCAGUCACUCGCUCUCAGCUCUGCCUUCGGAUGA